UACUUGAUACUAAGCCAUUUUCUCUGAAAAUAACUUAAUUUGCAUCCAUUAAAGUAAUUAGGUAAACCACAAAAUAUUGCUCUAUUAACUUAUCAACUAAUUGAUGUUUGCCCUAAGAGAUGAAGAGAGAACUCUAUUUACUCGUCGCUUUCCUGGUGAAUGUACACUUGAUCAGAGAGGUUCAAUCUCUAGUUGAGUUUACGAACAUCAAAUGUGAAGUGGUGGACCCCGAAUUCUGUAAUUUCGAAUAUUGCUAUUUGAAGUCUGUGAACCGAACCUACAAAUACUGUGAUCUAAAAGUGAAUCUCUAUAAAACUCCGGUAACCAAAGUGAAGCUUAACUCUGCCAUUUAUAAGUUUGCCAAUGGCUAUAAGCCUUUCAUGUACAAUGUUACUGUUGAUGCUUGCAAGUUCCUAAAAAAUCCAAAAUCCAACCCGGUUACUGGCUACAUCCAUGGUUUCUUCAAGGACUUUUCCAAUAUGAACCACUCUUGCCCCUACGACCAUGACCUUGUGGUGGAUAAACUGUCAACUCAGUUUUUUAAUGACCGAGUGACUAAGAUUCUGCCUUUUCCGGAGGGAAAGUACAUGGUCCAUAUGAACUGGAUUGCCUAUGACACUAUCAGAGCUGUGUUUAAGCUAUACCUCCAAAUAUUGUAA